GUGAGUGGCUGCAGGUAGUUUUCUCGCACUGUGAUGCUCUCCGCUGCAUAGGACCCUUCCUCACGUGCCGUGGGGUUACCCACCUCCCCGGAGACGGUCACCAUGAAGUUCAAUCCCUUCGUGACCUCGGACCGUAGCAAAAACCGCAAACGCCACUUCAACGCCCCCUCGCACGUGCGCAGGAAGAUCAUGUCGUCCCCGCUCUCCAAGGAGCUGCGGCAGAAGUACAACGUCCGCUCCAUGCCCAUCCGCAAGGACGACGAGGUCCAGGUGGUUCGAGGACACUACAAAGGCCAGCAGAUCGGCAAGGUGGUCCAGGUGUACAGAAAGAAGUACGUCAUCUACAUCGAGCGGGUGCAGCGUGAGAAGGCUAAUGGCACGACUGUGCACGUGGGCAUCCACCCCAGCAAGGUGGUUAUCACCAGGCUAAAGCUGGACAAAGAUCGGAAAAAGAUUCUUGAACGCAAAGCCAAAUCUCGACAGGUUGGAAAAGAGAAGGGCAAAUACAAGGAAGAACUGAUCGAGAAAAUGCAGGAGUAAGCGCAACCUGGCGUGCAGCCACGUCCCGCUGUCGACUUCUAGCCCGGGGCGUACUCCUUCGAAACUUCUCGAGACGUCUCCGAACAGUUUGUCCCCUUCCCGUUUCGUUAUUGGAUAUGUGCCUCUGGAAAUCUGUUGUUGCUGUUUUGAAUAAUUUUAUGAAUAAAAAUUGGAACUGUUUCUUCAUUCCAAAUGGAGUUGGCACUGUUUUGUGGAUAAAAUCCAUCUUAUUAUCA